AUGCAGGCUUUCCGCCGUCCCGCCCAAGCGGCUCUGUCCGCCGCCAGCCGCAGGCAGGCUUACUCGACCGCCUCGCCCUAUGCCUCUACCAACGUCAACCUCCGCAUCAACAAGGACACCAAGGUCCUUUUCCAGGGCUUCACUGGCAGGCAGGGAACCUUCCACGCCCAGCAGGCCAUCGAGUACGGCACGAAUGUUGUUGGCGGUACCAACCCCAAGAAGGCCGGCACCGAGCACCUUGGCAAGCCCGUCUUCGCCAGCGUUGAGGAGGCCCGCAAGGCCACGGGCGCCGAUGCCUCGGCCAUCUUCGUCCCCCCGCCGCUUGCUGCCGCCAGUAUCGAGGAGGCCAUCGCCGCCGAGGUUCCCCUCGUCGUGACCAUCACUGAGGGUAUUCCCCAGCACGACAUGGUCCGCAUCACCGAUAUGCUCAAGACCCAGAGCAAGACCCGCAUGCUGGGCCCCAACUGCCCUGGUAUCAUUGCUCCGGGUCAAUGCAAGAUCGGUAUCAUGCCUGGUUUCAUCCACAAGCGCGGCCGCGUUGGUAUCGUCUCUCGUUCCGGUACCCUGACCUACGAGGCCGUCAACCAGACGACCCAGACCGGCCUUGGCCAGUCCCUCGUCGUCGGCAUUGGCGGUGACCCCUUCUCCGGCACCAGCUUCAUUGACUGCCUCGACAUCUUCCUGAAGGACGAGGAGACCGAUGGUAUUAUCAUGAUCGGUGAGAUCGGUGGUAGCGCUGAGGAGGAUGCUGCGGAUUUCCUCAAGGCCAACAACACUGCCAACAAGCCCGUUGUCAGCUUCAUUGCUGGUAUCUCUGCGCCCCCGGGCAGGCGCAUGGGUCACGCCGGUGCCAUCGUCAGCGGCGGCAAGGGUGACGCCAACUCUAAGAUCACCGCUCUCGAGGCGGCUGGUGUCGUUGUCGAGCGGAGUCCCGCUGCUCUUGGCAAGUCUCUGCACGCCGAGCUCUCCGGCAUUCUCAUCUUCAACCAAAAGGGCGAGAACCUCAUCUUCCGCGCCUUUCGCAACGACUGCCGCCCGCGCCUCGCCGAUGUCUUCCGCAUCCAAGUGAUCAGCAAUGCGCAGGUGCGCUCGCCCAUCCUCACGCUCGGCUCGACGACCUUCAGCCACGUGAAGCACGAGAACAUCUACAUCGUCGCCGUGACCAAGAGCAAUGCCAACGCCGCCCUCGUCUUCGAGUUCCUGUACCGCCUGGUCGGCCUAGGCAAGGCCUACUUCGGCAAGUUCGAUGAGGAGGCCGUCAAGAACAACUUCGUGCUGGUCUACGAGCUGCUGGACGAGAUCCUCGACUUCGGAUACCCGCAGAACACGGAGACGGAGACGCUGAAGAUGUACAUCACGACCGAAGGCGUCAAGUCGGAGCGGGCAAUGGAGGACUCGUCUAAGAUCACGAUGCAGGCCACCGGUGCGCUAUCCUGGCGACGCGCCGACAUCAAAUACCGCAAGAACGAGGCCUUUGUGGAUGUUAUCGAGGACGUGAACUUGCUCAUGUCGGCUACGGGCACCGUCCUGCGUGCCGAUGUCAACGGACAGAUCGUCAUGCGCGCCUAUCUCUCCGGUACGCCGGAAUGCAAGUUCGGGCUGAACGACCGCCUGACGCUGGGCGAGGACAGCCUUUCGGCACCGUCGGGCAACCGAGCGGGCACCAAGGCGACGCGCGCUGCCGCGGGUUCCGUCACGCUCGAGGACUGCCAGUUCCACCAGUGCGUGAAGCUGGGCAAGUUCGACACGGACCGCAUCAUCAGUUUCGUGCCGCCGGACGGCGAGUUCGAGUUGAUGCGGUACCGCGCGACGGAGAACGUCAACCUGCCCUUCAAGGUGCACGCCAUCGUCAACGAGGUGGGCAAGACCAAGGUCGAGUACAGCAUCGCCAUCCGCGCCAACUACGGCUCCAAGCUCUUCGCCACCAACGUCGUCGUCCGCAUCCCCACGCCGCUCAACACCGCCAGCAUCAACUCCCGCACCAGCCAGGGCAAGGCCAAGUACGAGCCCGAGCACAACAACAUCGUCUGGAAGAUCCCCCGCUUCACCGGCCAGAGCGAGUACGUCCUUAGUGCCGAGGCUACCCUCACCAGCAUGACCAACCAGAAGGCUUGGAGCAGGCCCCCGCUCAGCCUCAGCUUCUCCCUCCUCAUGUUCACCAGCUCCGGCCUGCUCGUCCGCUACCUCAAGGUCUUUGAGAAGAGCAAUUACAGCAGCGUCAAGUGGGUCAGGUACAUGACGCGCGCUGGAAAUUACGAGAUCAGGUUCUAG